AGCAGUUCCUACAGAUGUGCAGAGAACUGACUGGCAUGGCUUUCCCAGAGGAGAACAAUGAGAAACGGUGCCUUGAUUCUUCCAAGAAUGAAGCACCACAGCAGUUCCAAAAUCCAGACCCACAGGAAAUGGAGAGAAGGCCCAGCAGAUUACGAAAAUCCAUAGAUGAUGGCAGCCUACCUCUCUCUCCAAUAGGUGGUGGCUACAAGUGUGCUAAAUGCGGUUCUGAGCAUGAUGUGCCCUUUAAAUGCCAGCAGUGUUCCUUCACGUGUUGCAACAAAUGUUGGGAGAAUUCCUUGAAGCUUGUCAAGAAGUGCCCAGGAUGCCAAGCGGAUACCAAGAGAAGACACUUGGCCAUAUCUUACUGGCCAGAUCCCCCCGUGAACGACAAGUAG